ACGGAGUGUCCCUGCACUGCGCGGAGCACCACGUGGCGGUGGAAGCGCUGCGUGGCUCGGGGAGCUCCGUGUCCAUGACGGUCCUGAGGGAGCGGAUGGUGGAACCGGAGAACGCCAUCACCGUCACCCCGCUGCGCCCUGAGGACGACUACAGCCCUCGAGAGAGGAGGGGUGGCCUCCGCUUCCCUGAGCGACCCGAGGGGGCACCUCCCACAGAGAGAUACUCCACCUGCUUGAUGCGCAAUGAGAAGGGUCUGGGCUUCAGCAUCGCUGGUGGCAAAGGCUCCACGCCGUACCGGGCUGGUGACACGGGGAUUUUCAUCUCACGGAUUGCAGAGGGAGGUGCAGCCCAUCGGGACGGGAUCCUGCACGUAGGAGACCGGGUCAUCUCGAUCAAUGGGGUAGACAUGACAGAAGCCAGGCAUGAUCAGGCCGUAGCGCUGCUUACCGCAUCCUCCCCCACCAUCGUCCUGCUGGUAGAGAGAGAGGCUGCAGAGCAGCCCGGCGAGGGAGACGCGCCUGGCGCGCCGUGGGUGCGCAUGCACUCCCCACCGCCACCCCCCAGCCAUGGGGAGAGCCCACCAGAGGAGAUGCCUUCGCUGCAGAGGAGCCAGCUCUCUAAAGGCCUGGAGGAUCAGUAUCCCAUCGAGGAAAUUCACCUCGUAAAAGCAGGUGGUCCUCUGGGGCUCAGCAUCGUGGGAGGCAGCGACCAUUCGAGCCACCCGUUUGGGAUUCAUGAACCAGGGGUUUUCAUUUCAAAGGUCAUUCCCCGCGGGCUGGCGUCUCGCAGUGGGCUGCGGGUAGGGGACAGGAUCCUGGAGGUGAACAGCAUUGACCUGCGCCAUGCCACGCACCAGGAGGCCGUGAACGCUCUGCUCUCCAACACCCAGGAGCUGAGCGUGUUAGUAAGGCGAGAUCCACCACCGCCUGGCAUGCAGGAAAUAUGCAUUGAAAAGGCUCCAGGAGAAAAGCUGGGCAUCAGCAUCCGGGGUGGAGCAAAAGGUCAUGCUGGAAAUCCGUUUGAUCCUACUGACGAAGGCAUCUUCAUUUCUAAGGUGAGCUCCUCUGGGGCCGCAGCGCGGGACGGCCGUCUCAAGGUGGGGAUGCGGAUCCUGGAGGUGAACCAUCAGAGUUUGCUGGGGAUGACGCACACAGAAGCAGUGCAGAUACUCCGAAGUGUGGGCGAUGCUCUGCUGGUGCUGGUGUGUGAUGGCUUCGAUCCCAAGGCUGCAGCUGCCAUUGAGAUGUCUCCGGGAAUUAUUGCAAACCCUUUUGCUGCUGGUAUUGGACGCAAGAAUAGCCUGGAAAGUAUCUCAUCUAUUGACCGGGAUCUCAGCCCUGAGGAACUGGAGGUGCUGCAGAAGGAGAUGGAAAUGGUGAGAGAAGCGACUCAGUGGGAGAGAGAAGAAAUGGAGAAAGUGGAGUGGAUGCGUAGGGAGCGGGAGGCGGCCACGCGGCAGCUUGAGGAGGCGGCAGAGAAUGUCACGAGUGAACCUUUGCGAAUGGACUAUCGGACCCUGGCUGCUUUGCCCAGCAGUGGCUCACAGAGAGUCAAUCGCACUCCCGUUCAUUGUGAUAGGGCCACCUCCGGCACGGGGACUGACCACACUAUGCUGUCCUUGCCGGUGGCACAGGAUGGCCAGGACUGCUCCCCAGCAGCAGCAGCAGCAGCAGCAGCAGCAGCAUCCCUGACCACCAGAUGUGAGCCUGGCCCUCCCCAGGACCCCGCGUCGCCCUGCCGGCGCACGUGCGGGGCAGAAAAGCCCCCUGUAGACGAACGGGAUCCCAACCAUUGCUCCCCUCCCCGGGAGCCGGAGGCACCAGAGCAAGAGUGCAUGAUCGACUCCCAGCCCAUCCUCUUCAGCGAGAACCCCUUCGUGGUGGCCAACCGGAGGGGGAAGGCGGCGGGCAAGGCCUGCCUGGGGGGCCCCCCGCUGGGCUAUGGCAGGGAGGGAGUGCUGAAGACCAACCUUUACUCCAAGGUUCCUGAGUCGGGGACAGGAAAUUCGAGGCGAGAAACCCCUUAUUCUCCCAGUAACCAGCAGGUGAGGCUGCACGUAAGGCAGGCAAUGGGGAGAAGGCAGGUGUGCUUCCAGGGCAGAACUGGGCAGCAAGGCAGAGGGAGCUGAGGAUAAUUCCUUUAUUUGAGAGCCAUUCCUGUAUUUGAGAGUGAUACCUUUGUGGUGGAGGAAUCCCUUCUAGGAUGCAACUGGAGAACAAGGGAAGGAGCUCUUCUCUUUCAAAAUGUUUCUGAGACCCAGAAUUUAAUUAGCUGGUCAUAAACCCAGUGGAGAGCUACUGCUCUAAGGGUUAAUUUAAUUAUCAGAGUAAUUAACGAGCAGGGGAGUACCUAAGGUGACUACGAAGCGGUCGUUGCCUGUUUUGAGAAUGGCUUCACCAGUGCCUCAUGCAGACUGCGUUGAAUUCUGUACCUCAGAAAAAGUGGGGAAGUGAAGGUUUGCAGAAACCUCAGCUCUGUGAACCACUGCUGCUCGGCCUCCUGCUCUGACCCCUGUUCUGUUGCUGGCUGUGCCAGCAGCUCAUAUGGGCUCUUCAGAAGAGAACCAAAGGAGCUGUGCACACACUUACGGGCUCACCUCCCCCGAGGGACUGAUUUUCUGGAAGACUUAAGCCGCCUUUCUCUCUGAAUCUUUGAUUUUUAUCUUUCGAUUUUCCUGUAACUUUUGGGUUAUUUUCGUCAGUGUUCCCUAUUCUCACUGGCUCUUCUUAUUACACGUGCAAACUGUGAUCCUUUGUUUAAAAUCUCGUGAAGUUUUAGAUGUCAGUGCUCAUUCUAUGGCAGCGGGUUUCACAAACCAGGUGAGCCUUUUGAAAUGAAAUACUCUGAAGUGAACGUUGACAUUUUCCCUUCGCGGUCAUUAUGGGAUUGCACUGUGAGCUGUAAUGAAGUGAAAAUUGUGCUGUGUGCUCUGUCCUCAGUUGUUUGCAUCCAUUGGGAGUGUGGCUGCUCUGCAGCUGUUGGGACCGAACAGCUCUGGCAGUGACCUGGUCUUUGGUUGAGCCAUUCCAGCAGUCUGAGCUUGACAAAAGUGAACUGCCUUUUUUGCUCAGUUAAUUUGGAACCAACUCGUUGAGGUGAAUUGCAUCAUCUUGGAGUGAGGUGACUGUUAACACUGCCAGUAGUAAGAGUCAAGAACAAGAGUCAAAAGCAUAUGGCUGGGAGCAGUGGAUAGAACGCUGGAGCUGUCGUGGGCAGUAGUUCAGUCCAUCUUCUAUUGCUUCCUUAUGCUGUCUUGCAUCUCCUUCAGUUCCUAGAUCCUUAAAAUCAAGUGAGCUCCAGGGGCACAGGAAGACUGAGGGAAGGUACUGUUCAUUAUGGUAAUGCAGUGUCGGUGCAUUCUCUUCCAGCUCCAUCCGAUUGCUUUUCUGGCAGCAGGUAUACGUUCAGAGGUGUAUUUUGGGCUCUUUGCCUGUAAGUUAUCCUUUGGCCACAAAUGCCAGCUUUCUUUGAGUUUAGGGUCCUUCCAUCUAGAGGUAUUCUUGGGGUGAGGAUGGUACUCCUCGUUCUGCAAGGGACAGAGAUCUAGAUAUUCACUUACUUCACCCUUAAGCUCAGCUUUUGGAUGAAAAAAGUGCACAGGUCAGGGGUCUAGUCACCAAAUUCCGAACACCUCCAGGGAGGGAGAGCCCACAUCUUUCCAGCCAGCAGCUCCAAUGUGUGGCGACCCUCACUGUGAGAUUGCUGGUUUAUUACAAAAGCAAGUGUAGAGUCUUGCAUCUGGGGAGGAAUAACGGCGUGCAGCGGUACAGGAUGGGGAUGAGCUGCUGGAGGGGAGCUCUGCGGAGA